AUGAAGCAUCUCUGCUCAGCGAUGAAAGUUUUGAUCCAAGAGGAGAAGGCCUUUGUCAAGGUCAUUCGAGCGUACAAGAACGCGUGCAAGGAUGAAGCCGCUCAAGCCAUUUCGGACUUGGUCGUGGCGCACCGAGACCUGAGGCGAGGGGAGCAAGUGCAAGAAAUUCACUUGCAGAGAGAGGAAGUGAAACAGCUCUACCCGCAGCCCAUCGGGAGAUACAUGAUGCCCUUGUAUGCUGCUGCUGCUGCUGCUGCUGCUGCUGCUGCUGCUGCUGCUGGUAGAGUCGAGCGAGACGGGUGCUGCCCGGCGAUCAGUCCAUGCAAGAAGAUGAACUGCGAGAGAAACAGCCCGAUCCACCUGGUCUGGUUCGAGCCGAACGUGUGA